AACAGAAAGUCCAGACUGCAAUUUGUGCUUCACAGUUGGUCCCCAUCAGCUUUCAUCUUUAUUUCAAAUAUUUCUCUCUGCUCUUAAGCUUCAUGUUUCUCACAUUCAUUUCCUACAGGCCAAAUGUCUCCAAGUUUCCAGCUUUUCCUCUUCUUCGCCACCAUAAGCUCCACCACGACGGCCGCUGCUAUAGGUGUGAACUGGGGAACCACAGCUUCGCAUCCACUUCCAGCGCCCAAGGUGGUGGAGCUCUUGAAGUCUAACAACAUCUCCAAAGUCAAGCUCUUUGAUGCCGACCCACUUGUUCUACAAGCUCUUUCUGGGUCCCAUAUUGGUGUCACUGUCGGAAUUCCUAAUUCCAUGCUUAAAAGCUUAAACUCUUCCUUGAAAGCUGCAGAGAGCUGGGUCCAUGAUAAUGUCACCCGCUACUUCUCCAGCGGUAGCAAUGCAGUUCGAAUUGAAUAUAUUGCUGUGGGAGACGAGCCAUUUCACCUGAGUUAUAAUGACCAGUUCCAUCCCUUUGUAAUUGGGGCAGCCAUCAAUAUCCAAACAGCUUUGUCCAGGGCAAACUUGGCAAGCCAAAUGAAGGUUGUAGUUCCAUGCAGUUAUGACAUUGUCCAGUCAGAAUCCAGCCUGCCUUCCAAAGGAAUUUUCAGGACUGACCUUAACAAAACUAUGAUUGAACUCCUCACAUUUCUCAGAAAGCAUCACUCACCUUUCUUUGUGACCAUCUCCCCGUUUAUUUCUUUCCAUCAAAACAAGAACAUCACCCUUGACUUUAGUCUCUUCAAAGAAGGUGCUCAUCCUCGUAAUGAUGGCCGCAGAACUUAUAAAAACACCUUCGACCUAAGUUAUGACACUGUGGUUACGGCAUUAUCAAAUGUUGGAUUUCCUGAAAUGGACAUUGUUGUUUCAAAGAUUGGGUGGCCUACAGAUGGAGCAGCCAAUGCCACUUCAUCCAUUGCAGGGACCUUCAUGAAAGGCCUGAUGGACCAUUUUCAUAGCAAAUCAGGAACACCACUUAGGCUGCGGGAACUGCCGCUGGAGACGUACAUAUUUAGCCUUUUAGACGAGGAUCAAAGGAGCAUAGUGGCAGGAAACUUUGAGAGACAUUGGGGAUUGUUCACUUUUGAUGGCCAAGCCAAAUAUCGAGUCGGUUUCGGCCAGGGUUCAAAGAACCCAGUAAAUGCACAGAAUGUUGAAUAUCUUCCUCCCAAGUGGUGUGUUGUAAACAAUAAUAAAGACUUGUCUAAUGCAAGUGCAAGAGCCUUGGAUGCAUGUUCAGUUGCUGAUUGUACGGCAAUUUCUCCUGGCGGAUCUUGUUUUAACAUCAGCUGGCCUGGGAAUAUAUCUUAUGCAUUUAAUAGCUAUUAUCAGCAACAUGAUCAACGGGCAGGUAGCUGUGAUUUUGGGGGAUUGGGUUUGAUCACAACAGUUGAGCCAUCGGUGGAAAACUGUAGAUUUUCUAUUCAACUUCGUACUUCUCAUGCGAACUCCUUAUCUGGGUCUUAUUUUUCCCAAUGGAUGAUCUUGUUAAUGGUACAGGGGUAUUUGCUUUUACUAAAUUUCAGAUAACAGAUAGAUUUGUGGCGCUUUUGUCUCUCUUUUUUGUUUGCCUCAGGUCUGUUGCAGUGCAUCAUUAUUUAUAACAUUGGACGAAGGUCGGAAAAUGGUUAGAGGUUCAGUCUUUAUGUUUCA